GCAGCUUGUCUUGUGGUGAGGGUGUCUGCAACUGAAGCAGGGGAAGAAUGGCGACCGAUGGAGAGUACGAGUCGGUCCUCUGUGUAAAACAAGACAUCAGCGUGUAUAAGAUUCCUCCCAGGGCAUCCAAUCGAGGCUACAGGGCAUCGGACUGGAAGCUGGAGCAGCCUGAUUGGACGGGGCGGCUGCGAAUCACAGCACGAGGAAAAGUGGCUUAUAUUAAACUGGAGGAUAAAGCCUCAGGAGAGCUGUUUGCUCAGGCCCCAGUCAGUGAGUUCCCCGGGAUCAACGUGGAGACUGUCAGUGACUCCAGUCGAUACUUUGUUAUCCGAAUCCAAGACGGAAACGGACGCAGUGCUUUUAUUGGGAUCGGGUUCAACGACCGCGGGGAUGCUUUCGAUUUCAACGUGUCGCUACAGGAUCACUUCAAGUGGGUGAAACAGGAGAAUGAGAUCUCAAAGGAAUCUCAAAACAAGGAUGCAGGACCAAAGCUUGACCUGGGUUUCAAGGAGGGACAAACCAUCACCCUCAAUAUUGGGCAGACAAAGAGGAGAGAUGGUAAGCCCCGCCCCCAGGGAUCAGUAGGCUUUGCACUCCUCCCACCUCCCCCUGGUGGAAAGAUAGCCCUGCCCUCUUCCAGUGAAUCACCCAAUAACGUUCCAGAGCCAGUUGCACUAAACAAUGCUCCCCAAGUGGCAGCAGAAGAUACAGGUUCCCUGUUGGAUUUGGAUGCCCCUGGUUCAGUUCCCUCGGUUCUAGCACAAAGUGAUAAAUGGGGAGAUUUCUCCGCUCCAGCCAGUUCGGUUCCUGCUCAGAACCAGCAGUCGACAAACUGGGUCCAGUUCUAAGAGGGAAUACCACUCCCAGUCCGAGCCACCAGUCAUCAAACUGAAUCCCAGUAUCAAACUGGGAACUAACCAGUUUCCCCACCUGUCACCUGCCAUAACCUCAACCCCCCCCAAUCUAAUUACCCUUACCUAUCCCCAGUUUAGCGUAGUCAGACCCUAUGCCGGUAGUGUUUCUCAACUCUUAGUUUUUCCAAUAGUAUAAUUGUACUAAGAAGAAACUAAGUAAAAUCAUACAAACAUUUUGAUGAGAAAUCUUUGUUAAUGACUUCUGUAUUAUAUAAACUGUGUUUCAGUAAGCUUGAUCUAACUGGUAUGUGGCUUCUUUCCCGAGGAACCAAUUGAUAAAGAGCAAGCCGCUUCCAAUAAAACUAUGUAUUUGUUCCAACUUCCCCUUGACUUUUUAUGAUAUUUGCAAUCAUUGGUAGAGGUUCUGGGUUCUGAUUAAGGAUGGGACGGUAUGAAAUUUGCACGAUAUGAUAACCGUUAAAAAAAAUACAGUGGUAACCUUAAUAUCACAGAUACAGUACAUCAUUACAUACAGCAAGUUAUCAA